CAGACAGAAGCCUCUUAUCCAGGUAAUCUCCUGAUUCAUCUGCCGGUUCAUCAGCCAUCACUGAGCACUUCCACAUCCACCGAACAGUGCAGCAUCAUGCUGCUCUCUCCUGCAGCUGAGCGCAGUCAGGACGGUUUGCUGUCGGUGCUCUGGGAGCUACUGGAGGACCAGUCUCACCGUGAGCUGUUUGGUCUUGAGUUGGGAUCAGGCACAGGGCAGCAUGUGGUGCACUUCGCUCAAGAAAUGCCCUUUGUCACGUGGCAGCCAUCAGACAUCAAGGAGGAAGCACGAAACAGUAUCAGAGCUUAUAUAGGGGCCACUAAAGCAAAAACAGUGCUGGAGCCGGUGUAUCUGGAUACCAGUCAACCCUGGGAGAAAUGGGCAGGACUUCCACGAAGCUCCUGUGACAUUAUUAUGGCAAUCAACCUGCUUCAGUACAGCCCCUUCAGCACUGCAGAGGGUGUGUUUAAAGGAUCUGGGCAGAUACUGAAACAGAAUGGCCUUUUAAUGACUUAUGGACCGUAUGCUAUCAAUGGAACCAUCACCCCAAUCUGCAAUGAACAGUUGGACCAGACAUUACGCCAGAUGAAUCCGGAUUGGGGUCUUCCAGACAUCGAUGUGCUCAGACAGCUGGCGUUCAGUAACAGAAUGAGAAUGGAACGAAUGAUCGAGAUGCCUGAGAGUAACAAAUGCCUUGUGUUCAGAAAACUGUAGGAAAUCUGUCCAUUCAGAGAACAAGGAUCCAGUUUCCAAGAUAAAACAUCUGACCCUUCACUUUCUUUUAGUCAGUUUCACAUAUUUUCACUAGUUUCUCAUUCUGCCUGCACUUCAAACACACAAAUGAACAGACUGCCGUUGUUUUAUUAUGCAUACUUUCAGAGACAAGAAAAGAAACAUUUCCACUAAUGUAUGACCAAUAAAAGAACAAGAUAUUUAUUAAAUAUGAUGUUAAAAUGACUUCUUUUUAACAUGAGGUGGAUCAGUAUAGAAUAAAGAUGAUAUUGAAGGGGUUACAGAUGUCACCGGUUGUGUGUGUGUGUUACAAACAUGCAGCGUUCACGUCAUCCAUCAAAACCAUCCACAGGCUGUCAACAGUUUUUACAACCACAGUCUAAAAAUAGACUUCCUUUGUCUGCCAUUGAUCCAGUACUCAAUUCUGCACUGUAAUUAAUUGGUAAUGAAACUGUGGCUUUGAGAUCGAUUGAUUAGUUCUGCGCAGUCAGGUCUGAACCCCUGGCUAUGCCACUCUGUGAAGAUCCACAUGGAGCAAAGACAAACGGAUGUGAUGUCUGGCAAACUUACAUGCAGUAUCUGGAAACACCAGCCUAUUUAUUUUGAUUAGAUUGGUGAUAUGCAAAUGGCAGUAAAGUUGACAUCUCAUUGGCUGUUAUUUUAUACGACAGAAGCCAAACACCAUCUACCGCAUAAAUCAUUAGCGAGGAUUCCACAACACUGAUCCUAAGUGCUUCUGAAGUAUUUCUAGAAUCGGAUACAUGGAAACCAGCACUGGAAUGUCACAUUAGAGCACUUCAGAGCAAAUCAGAGCUGAAAAACUGCUAUGAUGCCUCAGUGACCUCUGCUAAAGCCAGCAAGACUCUUAACCGAAGAAAAAUAAAUGGCUGUUACAUAUUCACUCAUGCAAACACAUCUUAGAAAAAUAUGAGACAAAAGGAUAGCUAUGUCUUGUCUUUUCGAACCAUAUUGUGCUUGUUUCUCUAUGGUACGAAUGACUAACCUUGCAUCAGCUUAGUUUUAUAAG